AUGCAUAAUGAUCUGAUGUUAUUCUAUUCUUUUUAUUUUUUUGUCAUAUUAUUAAUAUUAUUAACUUAUGGUCAACAAACAAUAAUCUAUGUUAAACGUGGUGAUACUAUUGAAUUAUGUGACAAUCGUACAACAUUUAUUUAUGCUUAUGAAUAUCGUAGUUUUGAUGGUAAAAAAAAUUUAAUUCUUGAACCAACAAGACAUGAACGUUAUUCAAAUCCAUAUCGAACAAGUUUAUUACGAAUAACUAAUGUUAUUGAAAGUGAUAGUGGUCAAUAUAAAUGUCCACAAGAUGAUAUUGAAUGGCAAAAACUUCAAGUAUAUGUACCCGUUCAACACGUAUACUUGACCAAUCUGCAUACAUCAUCUCAUGUGCAUACUAUGGUUGAGGGUGAAUCAUUGGAUGUUGGUUGUGCUGCUGAUGGUUCUCCUCGUCCUGCAGUAGAUAUAUCAUUAGAUAAAAAUGGUACAAUACCUACAAUUAUGGCAUUAGCAAAUGGUAUUCAAACACCAUCAAUUGUUAAUGAUCAAUUUAAACCAAGUGUUUAUGAAGCCUAUCGUAUUAUUGGUUUAACAGCAUUAGACAAUGGACGUAAUAUAACAUGUCAAGUUGAUAUGAAACAAAUUGAUAAAAAACUUAUUUUAUCAACAACAAAACAACUUUAUAUUGAAUUUCGUCCAAAUGUUGCUGAAAAAUCAAAAAAAAUCUAUUGUGGAAUUAAUCAAACUCGUACAGUUAAUUGUACUGUUAUACGUGCUAAUCCACCAUAUAUACGUUAUUCAAUUAAUGGUUUAUCACCAUCAGUUAUACGUCGAACAUAUGGUGAUCAACAUGAUUUUUUAUAUACAUUUGAUAUAACACCAACAUCAAUUGAACAUUUUCGUUCAUUUAAUGUAACAGCAAAUAAUAGUAUUGGUUUUGAUACAUGUACUUAUGAACUUAUUCAUGGAGGUGUACCAGAUGCAAUAACACAUUGUACUACAGAUACAUAUACUUCUAAUGUAACAAUAACAAUAAGUUGUACAAAAAGUUAUGCACAAGGUGAUAAUGAUGGUUAUGCUUGUACAUUAUUUAAAUAUAAUGAUAAACCAAAUAAAAAAAUGUUUGAAGAAAUAGCUCGAACAAAAUCUUGUAUAUUUGCAUUGGAAAAUUUUCAUGAACCAGUUGAAUUUCGUGUUGCUGCUUUUAAUCGUUAUGGAUCAUUACCACCUAAUACGUAUGGUUAUGUAAUUCGAUUAAAUGAACCUAUAUUACAAAGAGAAACACCAUUUGUUAAUAAGAGAAUUAUUAUUAUUGUAGGAGGUAUAUUUGGUGGUACAUUAUUAUUAUUUUUUCUUUGUUGCCUUUGUGGAGCAUGCAAUCGUGAUCAAGCCAAACUUAUGAAUAAAGCUGAUUAUUAUCAUAGAACUAAAUAUCCCCACUCGUCGACCGAGAGCGAAGCAUUAAAAUCAAGAAAUGACGAAACAAUUUCACAUUUGGUUCCUAAUGGAAAUGAUAAACGUCCUCAUCAGAGUUCUGGAGGCAGUCUUAAUUCAAUACCAACACGAACACGUACAGUUAAUAAUAAAUUUUAUGAUCAUCCAAUUAUUGAUAAUAAAUAUGGAUCACCAUUAUCACCAACAACUAUGGUUGUACCAAUAAAUAAUAAUAAAAAAAAGACUGAAAAUGAUGAUGAAGAAGGAAAUGAAUCACCUGUUUAUUCAACAACAACUGAUGUUUUAUCUGAAAGUGGUUCAUUUCUUGUUCCAACAUCAUCAUUAUCAAAACGAUGUAUACCACCUCAAACUAAACCACGUUAUUCAACAUUAAGUUCACUUCGUUUACCUAUUGAAAAUCUCGAUAAAAGUCCAUUACCAUUACCUAAACCACGUUCACGUUCAAAUUCUCGUACACGUUUAAAUAAUCCAAAUUCUGAUAAUUCAUCAUUUUUAUAUGAAGAACGUCCAGUUUCAUCAACAGAUUCUGGUAUGGGUCAAUCUGAUGUUGUUUGUUUACCAAAUGGUGAUACAAUACGUUCAGGUCUUGUUAAAUCAAGACAAAAUAGUUUACAAAAACAUUAUGUUACUCCAUCUUCUAUUCAACAACAACCAAAAUAUCAAACAUUAACAUCACCAGUUGUACAUGGUACUGAAUGUUAA